AGAGUUAAUGGUCACUUGAUGGACGUGAACCAUCCUUGUCACCUUUCGUUCUUCAAGCAGGAUGCUUCAGAAUGGAGUGCUCUGCCCAAGCAUGCUCAUGACCAUCUCCUGGCCGAGCACAACACUCCAUCUCAUCCCAAGAUGCUUUUUUGGCACAGCCAGCCCGAACAUUAUCACCAUCACCAGUAUCCCACCAGUAACAACAGCUACUUGCGUGAUGUAUUGGCACUGCCUAUUUUCAAACAGGAAGAUUCCAGCCUUCCACAAGAAAAUGAGACCAAACAUCCACCCUUCCAGUAUGUUAUGUGUGCUGCAACAUCUCCAGCAGUAAAAUUAUAUGAUGAAACUCUCACAUACUUGAAUCAAGGUCAGUCCUAUGAGAUACGGAUGCUAGAUAAUCGGAAAGCUGGAGACAUACCAGAGAUCAAUGGAAAACUGGUGAAGAGUAUUAUAAGAGUUGUGUUCCAUGACAGAAGAUUGCAAUAUACAGAGCACCAGCAGCUGGAAGGCUGGAAGUGGAACCGCCCUGGGGACAGACUUCUUGACUUAGAUAUUCCAAUGUCUGUUGGAGUCAUUGAUAUCAAGACAAAUCCAAGCCAGCUCAAUGCAGUUGAAUUUUUAUGGGAUCCAACAAAAUGUACAUCUGCUUUUAUUCAGGUACAUUGUAUCAGCACUGAAUUUACCCCUCGUAAACACGGAGGAGAGAAAGGAGUUCCUUUUAGGAUUCAGGUUGACACUUUUAAACAGACUGAAAAUGGAGAAUAUACAGAUCAUCUGCAUUCAGCUAGUUGUCAAAUCAAAGUUUUUAAGCCCAAAGGAGCAGACAGAAAACAGAAAACAGACAGAGAAAAGAUGGAAAAGCGAACUGCACAUGAAAAAGAGAAGUAUCAGCCUUCAUAUGACACCACAGUUCUUACAGAGAUGAGGCUUGAGCCUAUAAUUGAAGAUGCAGUUGAACAUGAGCAGAAAAAGUCCAGCAAGCGGACUUUGCCAGCAGACUACGGUGAUUCUCUGGCAAAGCGAGGCAGUUGCUCACCGUGGCCUGAUACUCCUACAACAUUUGUAAACAACAGUCCUACUCCUGCUCCAACUUUUACCUCUGCUCAGCAUAAUACCUACAGUGUCCCAGACAGCAAUUCUUCCUCCCCAAAUCAUCAAGGAGAUGGAACCUCUCAAGGAUCAGGAGAUCAGCUUCAUCCUUCGGCCACAAUCCAGGAAACUCAGCAAUGGUUGCUCAAGAAUAGGUUCUCAACCUAUACAAGGCUUUUUUCAAAUUUCUCAGGUGCUGAUUUAUUAAAGCUGACAAGAGAAGAUCUGGUACAAAUCUGUGGUCCAGCUGAUGGAAUUCGGCUGUAUAAUGCACUGAAAUCCAGGUCUAUUAGGCCCCGUUUAACAAUCUACGUGUGUCAGGAGCCAUUACGGAGCAUACAACUGGAAAGACAAGAUACAGGCAAUGGUGAGAGCAGCAACGGUGCAAUAUACGUUUAUCACGCAAUCUACUUAGAGGAGAUGGCAGCCUCAGAAGUCACACGCAAGCUUGCUUUGGCAUUUAAUAUUCCUUUGCAUCAGAUCAACCAGGUUUACAGACAGGGUCCCACAGGCAUCCACAUUCUUGUUAGUGAUCAGAUGGUUCAGAACUUUCAAGAUGAGAGUUGUUUCUUAUUCACCACAAUAAAAGCUGAAAAUGGUGAAGGCUUCCACAUAAUUCUGAAGUGACGUCACACAAUUGCUACACUGAUACUCCAACGCGGAAUGAAGUCCUGCCUAAAGAUUAUGAAGAUCAUCCAAAACCUUAGGAUCUAACUUCACUGUAUAAGAUGUUUCAUAUUGAAAACACAAAAUGACCUUUCUAAUGAGCUGUUUGAUAGGUGAACUUUCUUAUCACUGCCAUAGCUAAGUGUCCUCAUGAGAGGUAUAAUGCCAUGACAGCUUACGUACAGGCAUGGAAGACAAUGUAAGCAAAGGUGCUUGCCCUUUACUGAAAUAAGGCAAAUUAUGGCCAGUAGAUACAGUUCAUAGAAGCAGAGCAGUGUUGCUUUUCUAUUAUCUGUAUCCAGUUGGAGAUGAAUGUAAACUUAUUUGGGGGCAUUUACCUUUCUGUGCCAGUUUGUCUAUUACGUGCUUGUACCUUACGCUGGUUUUAUUUUUUGAUGUUAGCAGAGCACAUGCUAAUCUGUGUGGAGAUGAGUAGUUAAGGUGAUAGUGAUCAGGUUGUCAGGUCUUUGAGAGUAAAGCUGUCAAAACAGCUUCCCGUGUAAAUUGUGUAUAAGAGUGUAUGUAAGAAGUGUAAAUGCCAGAAAAGGGCUUUUAAGAAGCCCUAGACAGAUGCAAUAUAUGCAUGCAGCAAACUGCAUUAUCAAUAGUACCUUAUUGGAGGGUACCAAGUAAUUGUGUUUUGCUUUAAUGAAUUUAAUGGAAAAGAAUUGCCUAUGCAUCCUUUAUGUUUAGUUUCGUAGGUUCUCUGCGGAGCACUGCUGCAGUUUAACUCUUUGCUUGUAAAAUUGUGAGUUUUAAAAAUACAGCAGUGAGAGGUGGGGGUUUCUGACUUAGUGGAAUUAUGCUGAUGAGGGAAGAUGACCCACCGGCACCACAGGGCUGUCAUAGCUUUCAGCAACAUCGAAUAAAUUGCUUAAGAAACACUAAAUACACACCCUGUAAGUCUCCUUCCCAGCAGUGAACGCCCUGCUGGAGUUGCUAUUACGGACAAACAUCUUCUUACCUUUUCUGUUGACCUUUCUCCGCCCUCCAGUCCAUACUGUACACCUGUUACAGUGCCUCUUCCAUAUGACCAAAUACUCACUUUUCUCUGAAACAGGCAAUGUGCUUUUUUGGUAUUUUGGAUAUUUCUUGUACAGUCAUGGCACAGCAUUUCCUAGGGUAACAUUAAGUUUCAACUGGUUAGGUACUUAAAGGGGAAUAUUUCCAAACGUGUUGGGUGACAGUUUCAGACCUGUCAUUUUGUGCCUUUGGAAAGUUCCACCUUGAUCUCUGGCUAAAAGCUUGGGAAUAGUUUUGCUUUUUAUGCUGCAGUGUUCCAUGUAAGCAACUACUACAGCAUGUAAAAAAGCAACUUUGAUUUUUUUUUCACUUCCCCUUUCAUAACUGGCAUAAGUGCUUAGCAGAAAAGCUUCUGAAAGCUGUAGCAUUUUGAAAACUUAAAUUCAUCAAACCUAGAGGGUUUUUUCCUAUUUUUGUUUGGUUUUUUUUUUCUGCACUGAAAGUAAAAUUUUAUGUACUUACUUAAACAUUUCUGACUAUGAGUUGUUCAUCUUUGGGUAUUGUUUGGUCCUAGUAUUUUCUUGAACUGACACUUGUGUCUUUUUAGUUCACACCACAUUCAAAUCCAAAUGUUUUAUAAAAGUGGAAAUAUCCUUGAUUGGAAAGUAUCCAAAUAUCUAAUUUUAAAAAAUCUUGAAAGUUGUACAGUAGUUUGUCCAGCUCACUUGAAAUUGGAAUUAAAUUAUGGCACCAGCAAAUUGCUUUUGUUUUUUAAUAAGAUGUACACAUUUCAAUUUAAGUAUAAUAAAUGUUUUUCAAUAAUUUUGUAAA